GUCGCGCGGCGCGGGUUGGGCGGCGGAAGGCGGCGGUGAUGGCGGGGCCCGCGGCCCCGGAGCGCUGCCGCGGCGCUGAGCCCCCGGGCCUGCCGCGCGGAGGAGGAGGAGGAGGAGGAGGAGGAGGAGGAAAAGGAGGAAGGACCCGAUGGCGAACAGCAGCGAGCUGGGAAGCAGCAGCAGCCCGCACCUGCCCAGCGCCGGCGGCCUGCUGAGCGCCUCCGGGCUGAAGCUGGCCACCCUGGGGCUGAUCCUCUGCGUGAGCCUGGCGGGCAACGUGCUCUUCGCUUGGCUCAUCCUCAAGGACCGACACCUGCACCGUGCCCCAUACUACCUGCUGCUGGACCUCUGCUUGGCCGAUGGGCUCCGCUCGCUGGCCUGCUUCCCCUUCGUCAUGCUGUCGGUGCGCAGCGGGGCUGCCUGGCCCCACGGGCUGCUCAGCUGCAAGGUGCUGGCCUUCCUGGCCGUGCUCUUCUGCUUCCACGCCGCCUUCCUGCUCUUCUGCGUGGGGGUCACGCGCUACAUGGCCAUCGCCCACCACCGCUUCUAUGCCAAGCGCAUGACGGGCUGGACCUGCCUGGCCGUGGUGUGCAUGGUGUGGACUCUCUCCAUGGCCAUGGCCUUCCCUCCCGUCUUCGACGUGGGCACCUACAAGUUCAUCCGGGAGGAGGAGCAGUGCAUCUUCGAGCACCGCUACGUCAAGGCCAACGACACGCUGGGCUUCAUGCUCAUGCUGGCGGCCGUCAUCGCCGCCACCCACCUGGUCUACAUCAAGCUGCUCUUCUUCAUCCACGGCCACCGCAAAAUGAAGCCGGCCCAGCUGGUCCCGGCCAUCAGCCAGAACUGGACCUUCCACGGGCCGGGGGCCACGGGCCAGGCGGCGGCCAACUGGACGGCUGGCUUUGGCAGGGGACCCACGCCACCCACCCUGGUGGGCAUCAGGCAGGCCACCCACAGCCAGAUCAAGAGGCUGCUGGUGCUGGAGGAGUUUAAGAUGGAGAAAAGGCUCUGCAAGAUGUUCUACAUGAUCACCUUGCUUUUCCUGCUCCUCUGGUCUCCCUACAUUGUGGCCUGCUACCUGCGGGUCUUCAUUAAGGCCAGCUCCAUCCCCCAGGUGUACCUGACCACCUCCGUCUGGAUGACGUUUGCCCAGGCCGGGGUCAACCCCAUCCUUUGCUUCAUCUUCAACAAGGAGCUCAGGGUCUGCCUCCGAGCCCACUUCCCGUGCUGCCAAAGCAUCCAGAGCACCCAGGGCACCAUCCUGUGCGAUCUCAAGAGCUUUGGGAUGUAGGGGGGCUUCCUCAGCCUAUCAAAGAAAGGUGGAUACCAUUUUCCAUGUUUCUGCAUACGAUCUCAAGAAAGUGUGACCCGUGGGGGACAUGCUGAGCCACCACCUGGCACCCAAACCUUAGGCUGUAAGAAGCUAUCUUAUUUAUUUUUCUAUACUUUGCGUAUGCUCUCCAGAACAUAACAGGUUGCUGUCUAUGGAAACAGGUACUUGAGCAGAACACCCCCAAACCUUAGGCUGUACGAAGCUGUUUCUCUUUGUGAUUAUGUGGUUUUUAACAACAAAACAGGGCUCCAAGUUUCUGGUCUUGCUUCUAACGUUUCUAAACGUGAUUCCAACAGAUACGGAUUAAGGCCAUGACAUUUUUCUUUUCUUUCCUAUUCCUGUCUGUUUUGAUAAAGGCUUAACAAUUUUACUCAUGUAAUAUUUGAUAAAAGCCAAGACAAUUUUAUACUAAAGUUAUUUUUGAUGACCUCAAGAGGUGUUGUUUUCUUAUCAUUUGAUUUCAGUGAAGAACGAGAGGAGGACGUUCCUGGUGUGGUUUAGUGGAAGUCGGUUUUUGGUGGGAGCUGUGGGUUCAUUCAUUCUCAAAUGGUUUGAGUAUUUGAAGCAGUUACUUAUAACUUUUGCCUGACAUGCAAACAGUGUAGAACUAAUUUCGAUUUUCUCGUUGCACUAUUUAUUUGGUAAUAUUUCGGAACUAUUUGUGAAACGUGAUUUUAAAAUACCAACUUUAAAACUAAUCAACUAUAGCAGUUUUUAAAAACCUAGAUUGAAAUUCAUAUUUUACUGCCUUUAUAGGAAGUUAUCUACAAACCUGGGUAAUACUUGUACAUUUUGACUGUUUUCUUUAAUAAAAUCUUGAAAACCUUUA